UCAAAUCCAUACACAACCAGUUGAUAUCUAACAGACUAGGAAUCUUAAGCAUUCAUCAAUUUCAUUCUCAAUCAACAAUCAAACACCAAAUUGUGAAUGAUAGUAAUAAUCUUUGAUUUUCUAACCUUAAGCAUUCAACAGUUUCUCUUUUGCCCUAGCUUUUGAUUUUGCUGCUCCAUGUUUCAAAUUCGUUGGUGCCAUAGUAUUUGAUUUUGGCUCCUCAUCAUCGUGAAUAAGGAUUACGGUCUCCUCUGAUUUCAGAUGAAUUGUUAUUGAUAGAAAAACUCACCUGGUAUCUCAUUAAAGAUAUUCUAACACAAAUAUCUACCCCUUAGUCCAGUCUAUAAGUUGGGGCUAAAUGGAAAUCUUCUAAAAAAUUGAAUAAUAAUAGAAGCAGAUAGAAUAAAAUCCCGGUUCUCCCAUGGAUGAGAGCUCAUAUAAGUGUUAACCACAUUCUAUUAAAACAUGUUCCUGAACUUGAUCCCAGGUAUCACCAAACUCUUUUUCAUCAUCCGAAUUUUGAUUCCUGAUACCAAUAUUUUGGUUUGCGGCGGUUAAAAGGAUUUGCAAUUGUUCUAAUUUUUGUUGAUUUCGUCUUGGUUUAUAUGAAAUUUUAGGUAAUUGGGUGUUUAUGCAAUUCGGUCAUGAUGAAAUCGAAGACGGAAGCUCUAACAAUUUUUGGAAAUUUUUGUGUAUUGUAGCUCAAUAAUUUUUGGGAACUUUGGUGUGUUAAAGUAGGAAAAACACGGUUCAAAUUGUGUCAUCCAAGGUGAUCGUCAUUUUUCUGUUGAUUGUCUUCUGCUGGUGACAGUCGAACAUGGGAGAUUAUGACGAUCUGGAUCAGAUAAGAAAUGAAGAAGAAGACUAAAACUCACCGUUGAUAUCGAAUUUCUGGAUCGUAAGCGGUCCACGUUGUUUUUAAGUGUGAGGGUAAUUUGGGUAUUUAACCAUCAUUUUUUAUUUUUUUGCCACGUGUGCACAGGUGCUGACAAAGCUAAUCGAGCAGCGGAUGGAAAAACUAACGACGUGAGGAAACACUAAUUUUAAUCUAUUUGGGGAGGAAACGCUAAUUAGUGAUCUUGUGAGAAAAGAAAACGCAAAAUAGCUCAAAAAACAAUAAAUGCCGUCGUUAGAAGAAAAAGAUGUCAGAGAAAGAGCCCUUGUAUACGAUCACGUCUCGCUGAGAUCAAGUGACUCGUCUCAUCGAUGGACCAGGACCUGCGAUUUGACUGACUACACUGCCUGGGAGUUGCAUGUCUCCUGGAUUCACUUCGACCGACGUAGAUUCGAUUCUGAUUCAAAACAGUCAACUCACAGUCUAGUCAAACAAAAUAAAGAAGGUAACCGGAACGCGUCAAUACAUGAUCAAAACCAUUUGACGGGACCACCGUUUUCCAAGUUUUCCUUCUGUAGUCCUCACUGCCAUUGAAAUCUCUCUCUUUCUCUCUCUGUUUCAAUGUUGUUAAAAUUUCAUCAUCUUCAAUCAAAAAUUUAAAUUAAAAAACCUAGAAUUAAUUUGAUCAAAAAUGGCGGAAAAUCAAGUAACUUCGCCGAAAUCAAUUCUAUCAACAAAUUCAAUUGAUUCAAUUCAACAGCAACAACAACAAAACCCCAGUCUUCUUUCUCCUCCUUGUUCGAAUAACAAUAAUAUGCUAUCUCCGUCGUCUUCAAUGGAUCAUCAGAUCUCAUCUCCUCAAAUUUCUAUAACUCAAACACCUUCGCUUUCAGCUAAUUCAUCUCAAUCCUCUUUACUUCAACAACAACAACAGCAACAACAGCAAAUUAACCCUAAUGUUUUACAACAGCAACAACAGCUGAAUCAACAACAACAAUUGAACCAACAGCAACAGCAACAGAAUUUGAUGUCGCAGAAGAAUUUUGGUCAAAUGCAGAGAUCACCAUCAAUGUCAAGGAUGAGUCAAUUACAGCAGCAGCAGCAAACGUAUGGUAUGGCGACUGGGACAAUGUUACAACAAACGGGUGUAUAUGGGCAGAUGAAUUUUGGCGCUACAUCGAAUCUCCAACAACAGCAGCUGCAGCAGCAGCAGCAGCAGCAAAUGGUUAGUGGGGGUGGGGGUUUAUCUAGGUCAGGUUUGAUUGGACAAGUUAGUGGGCAACUGCCAAUGUUGCCUGGCCAAGCAGCAGCAGCAGCUAAUGCUCAAUAUAAUAUUCAAUCUCAAUUGAUGCCUAGGCAAAAGGCAAAUUUGAUCCAAGGAUCCCAGUUUCUUGCGGGUAAUAAUCCUGCACAAACAUUGCAAGGACUUCAGUCAUUAGGAGUGGUGGGGAUGGGUCAGCUUGGACAGAAUAGGUCACUUGCUUAUGCACAGCAGUUAAAGCAAGUGCAAAUGAGGCAACAACAGUUGCCCCAACAGACAUCUCUUACUUCUCCUCAGCUACAGGGUCUACACAGGGCAUCAUCAAUGGCUGCUUUGAAUCCCCAAUUAGCAGGGUUGACUCAGCAUGGGCAACCAACUAUGUUGACACAGCAGCAAUGGUUCAAGCAAAUACAGCAACCAAUAUCUUCUCCAGGUUCUCCCUCUUUCCAGCUGCAACAACAGCAGAGGCAACAACAGCAGACAUACUUGCCUCAGCAGCUAGCAUCAUCUCCCCAAUUGCACACAAAAUCCAUGACCAUGAACCAGCAGCAACUAUCCCAGCUAGUAAAUCAGCAGCCACAGCUGGUGAAUCAGCAAUCACAAUUGCAUCAUCAGCAGCAGCACCACCAACAACAGCAGCAGCAACAACUACAACAACAACAGCAGCAACAACUACAACAACAACAGCAGCAACAACAACAACAGUCUCCAAGGAUGCCUGGUUCAACUGUUCAAAAAUCAUUUAGCUUGACCGGAUCACAACCAGAUACUCCUGCAUCUGGCACCACCACGCCUGGGGGUAGUUCAAGCCAUGGAACAGAGACAAACAAUCAACUUCUUGGAAAAAGAAAGAUACAAGAUCUGGUCUCUCAGGUGGAUUCACAAGGAAAGCUGGAUUCUGAAGUUGAAGAUCUCCUAUUGGAGAUAGCUGAUGACUUCAUUGAUUCGGUCACCACAUUUGCUUGCAGUUUAGCUAAGCAUCGGAAAUCUGCAACGUUGGAAUCCAAGGAUUUGUUGCUACACCUUGAGAAGAAUUGGCAUUUAACAAUCCCAGGAUUUACAGGCGAGGAGCAGAGAUACUCAAAAAGACCGUUAUCCGGUGAUCUUCACAAGAAGCGUCUCGAGAUGAUACGAGCUCUUAUGGAAUCCUCGCAACAGCCGGAGAAUACGAAAAUGAUCAAUCCUAAAGAUACCAUGAAACAGGGAUUUAUGCAUCCAGUUGGAGUUAACCAUCAACUUAAAACACCCACAAAUUCGGAGCAAUUGGUUUCUUCGUUAGCUGGAUCUUCAAUGUUGCAGCAACUUCCCAGGUUUUAAUGGAAGAUAUAUAAUUCAUGCCCAACUGCUGGGGGCUCAACAUAACUCGGUGUCUAGGAUAUAAUUGUAAAUAGUCAUCAUGUGUGGGUGUUUUAGGUCUUUUUAUAGUUGUACAUUAUGUGUUACUUUUGUCUCACAUUUUUUGAUCGAAAGCGAAACAUGUUCGGUUGUUCUUCUUCGUUUACUCAUGAAUACACAUUAUGUCGCUCGAAAGGUAUCUAUCAGUAAUUCUAGAA